UCAGAAGUGAACACAACCAACUGAGAAGUGACCAUAGCCAAAUCAGUAGUAAUCAAAGCCAACUGAGAAGUGAAAACAACCAACUGAGAAGUGACCAUAGCCAAAUCAGUAGUAAUCAAAACCAACUGAGAAGUGAACACAACCAACUGAGAAGUGAAAACAACCAACUCAGAAGUGAACAUAGCCAAAUCAGUAGUAAUCAAAGCCAACUGAGAAGUGAACAAAACCAACUGAGAAGUGAACACAACCAGCUGAGAAGUGGCCAUAGCCAAAUCAGUAGUAAUCAAAGCCAACUGAGAAGUGAAAACAACCAACUGAGAAGUGACCAUAGCCAAAUCAGUAGUAAUCAAAACCAACUGAGAAGUGAACACAACCAACUGAGAAGUGAACACAACCAACUCAGAAGUGAACAUAGCCAAAUCAGUAGUAAUCAAAGCCAACUGAGAAGUGAACAAAACCAACUGAGAAGUGAACACAACCAGCUGAGAAGUGACCAUAGCCAAAUCAGUAGUAAUCAAAGCCAACUUAGAAGUGAACAAGACCAACAGAGAAGGGAACACAACCAACUGAGAAGUGACCAUAGCCAAAUCAGUAGUAAUCAAAGCCAACUUAGAAGUGAACAAGGCAACCUAAGAAAUGAAUUUGACCAACUGAGAAGUAACCAAAGCCAACUGAGGAGUGAAUAUGACCAACUGAGUGGUGAACAAGACAAACUGAAAAUUAACCAUAGCCAACUCAGAAGUAACCAAAGCCAACUGAGGACUGAAUAUUACCAACUGAGUAAUGAACAAGACAAACUGAAAGGUAACCAAAGCCAACUCAGAAGUGAACACAACCAACUGAGAAGUGACCAUAGCCAAAUCAGUAGUGAACAUGACCAACAGAGAAAUGAACACAACCAACUGAGAAGUGACCAUAGCCAACUCAGAAGUAACCAAAGCCAACUGAGGACUGAAUAUGACCAACUGAGUAUUGAACAAGACAAACUGAAAAGUAACCAAAACCAACUCAGUAGUAACCAAAGUCAACUCAGCAUUGAACAUGACCAACUAAGAAGUCAACAAGACCAAUUGAAAAAUAACCAAAGCCAACUCAGAAGUGAACACAACCAACUGAGAAGUGACCAUAGCCAAAUCAGUAGUAAUCAAAGCCAACUGAGAAGUGAAAACAACCAACUGAGAAGUGACCAUAGCCAAAUCAGUAGUAAUCAAAGCCAACUGAGAAGUGAAAACAACCAACUGAGAAGUGACCAUAGCCAAAUCAGUAGUAAUCAAAACCAACUGAGAAGUGAACACAACCAACUGAGAAGUGAACACAACCAACUCAGAAGUGAACAUAGCCAAAUCAGUAGUAAUCAAAGCCAACUGAGAAGUGAACAAAACCAACUGAGAAGUGAACACAACCAGCUGAGAAGUGACCAUAGCCAAAUCAGUAGUAAUCAAAGCCAACUUAGAAGUGAACAAGGCAACCUAAGAAAUGAAUUUGACCAACUGAGAAGUAACCAAAGCCAACUGAGGAGUGAAUAUGACCAACUGAGUGGUGAACAAGACAAACUGAAAAUUAACCAUAGCCAACUCAGAAGUAACCAAAGCCAACUGAGGACUGAAUAUUACCAACUGAGUAUUGAACAAGACAAACUGAAAGGUAACCAAAGCCAACUCAGAAGUAACCAAAGCCAACUGAGGACUGAAUAUUACCAACUGAGUAAUGAACAAGACAAACUGAAAGGUAACCAAAGCCAACUCAGAAGUGAACACAACCAACUGAGAAGUGACCAUAGCCAAAUCAGUAGUGAACAUGACCAACAGAGAAAUGAACACAACCAACUGAGAAGUGACCAUAGCCAACUCAGAAGUAACCAAAGCCAACUGAGGACUGAAUAUGACCAACUGAGUAUUGAACAAGACAAACUGAAAAGUAACCAAAACCAACUCAGUAGUAACCAAAGUCAACUCAGCAUUGAACAUGACCAACUAAGAAGUCAACAAGACCAUUUGAAAAAUAACCAAAGCCAACUCAGAAGUGAACACAACCAACUGAGAAGUGACCAUAGCCAAAUCAGUAGUAAUCAAAGCCAACUGAGAAGUGAAAACAACCAACUGAGAAGUGACCAUAGCCAAAUCAGUAGUAAUCAAAGCCAACUUAGAAGUGAACAAGGCAACCUAAGAAAUGAAUAUGAACAAAUGAGAAGAAACCAAAACCAACUGAAAAGUGCACAAGACAGAUUGACAAGUAACCAAAGUCAACUCACUAUCGAACAUGACCAAAUUAGAAGUAACCAAAGCCAACUCAGAAGUGAACACGACCAAGAGAGAAAUGAACACAACCAACUGAGUAGUAACCAAAGCCAACUGAGGACUGAAUAUGACCAACUGAGUAGUGAACAAGGCCACCUGAGAAGUAAUCAAGGCAUACUCAGUAGUAACCAAAGUCAACUCAGAAGUGAACACAACCAACUAAGAAGUGAACAAGAUCAAUUGAAAAGUAACCAAAGCCAACUGAGAAGCGAACACAACCAACUGAGAAGUGACCACAGCCAACUGAGAGGUAACCAAAGCCAACUGAGGAGUGAAUAUGACCAACUGAGUAUCGAACAAGACAAACUGAAAGGUAAUCAAGGCCAACUCAAGAGUAAUCAAAGUCAAAUUAGAAGUGCACAAGACAGAUUGAGAAGUAACCAAAGUCAACUCACUAUCGAACAUGAACAAAUUAGAAGUAACCAAAGCAAACUCAGAAGUGAACAUGACCAACAGAGAAAUGAAUACAACCAACUGAGAAGUGACCAUAGCCAACUCAGAAGUAACCAAAGCCAACUGAGGACUGAAUAUGACCAACUGAGUAUUGAACAAGACAAACUGAAAAGUAACCAAAACCAACUCAGUAGUAACCAAAGUCAACUCAGCAUCGAACAUGACCAACUAAGAAGUCAACAAGACCAAUUGAAAAGUAACCAAAGCCAACUCAGAAGUGAACACAACCAACUGAGAAGUGACCAUAGCCAAAUCAGUAGUAAUCAAAGCCAACUGAGAAGUGAAAACAACCAACUGAGAAGUGACCAUAGCCAAAUCAGUAGUAAUCAAAGCCAACUGAGAAGUGAACACAACCAACUCAGAAGUGAACAUAGCCAAAUCAGUAGUAAUCAAAGCCAACUUAGAAGUGAACAAGGCAACCUAAGAAAUGAAUAUGACCAACUGAGAAGUAACCAAAACCAACUGAAAAGUGCACAAGACAGAUUGACAAGUAACCAAAGUCAACUCACUAUCGAACAUGACCAAAUUAGAAGUAAACAAAGCCAACUCAGAAGUGAACACGACCAAGAGAGAAAUGAACACAACCAACUGAGUAGUAACCAAAGCCAACUGAGGACUGAAUAUGACCAACUGAGUAGUGAACAAGGCCACCUGAGAAGUAAUCAAGGCAUACUCAGUAGUAACCAAAGUCAACUCAGAAGUGAACACAACCAACUAAGAAGUGAACAAGAUCAAUUGAAAAGUAACCAAAGCCAACUGAGAAGCGAACACAACCAACUGAGAAGUGACCACAGCCAACUGAGAGGUAACCAAAGCCAACUGAGGAGUGAAUAUGACCAACUGAGUAGUGAACAAGGCCACCUGAGAAGUAAUCAAGGCCAACUCAGUAGUAACCAAAGCAAACUGAGAAGUAUAUUUGACCAACUAAGUAGUGAACACGACAAACUGAAAAGUAACCAAAACCAAAUCAGUAGUAAUCAAAGUCAACUCAGUAUCGAACAUGACCAACUCAGAAGUGAACAAGACCAACUGAGAAGUAAUCAAAGUCAAAUUAGAAGUGCACAAGACAGAUUGAGAAUUAACCAAAGUCACCUCAGUAUCGAACAUCACCAAAUAAGAAGUAACCAAAGCCAACUCAGAAGUGAAUUUGACCAACUGAGAAGUAACCAAAGCCAACUGAAAAGUGAACAAAACCAACUUAGAAGUGAACAAGACAGAUUGAGAAGUAACCAAAGUCAACUCACUAUUGAACAUGACCAAAUAAGAAGUAGACAAACCCAACUCAGAAGUGAACAAGACCAACAGAGAAGUGACCAUAGCCAACUCAGAAGUAACCAAAGCCAACAGAGAAGUGAACACAACCAACUGAGAAGUGACCAUAGCCAACUCAGAAGUAAACAAAACCAACAGAGAAGUGAACACAACCAACUGAGAAGUGAACAUGACCAACUGAAGCUGCUCAUGAAUGCAACUCUGAACAAAAUGGCAUUGUUGUUCCCUGAAAAGAAAAAAGAGAAAGAAUACUGCGGGGACUGGGUAAAGCAUGCCUCAAGCUGCUUUCUUCUGUCCAAGGACGAAAAAAAUUGGGAUCAGGCUCGCAAAGAUUGCCAUGUUAAUAAUAGUGACCUUGCUGUUAUUCUGAAUUCUGAAGACCAGGAGUUCAUGUCUCGCCUGGUAAAAGAGUUUGUAGAGGAGCAGCCUGUUGGCACCCUAAAGGCAGCAUGGAUCGGGUUAACAGACAAGAAGGAUGAGAAAAACUUUGUGUGGGUCAACGGUGAGGGAAUCAAGCCAGAUGUCACUUAUUGGGGACAUGGGGAGCCAAACAAUGCCCUUGCUAGCUGGGAUGCCACCAAGGCAGGACAGGAUUGUGUUGGCAUUGUGUCACCAAAAACAGACGAGUGGUUGAAAAACUGGGAUGACAUUAUUUGUUCAGGCCCAAGGCACUACAUAUGCGAGAAAAAGGUUCCCAGAGAUGGGAUUUAGAAGAUCACAUGCACAUGGACAAAGAUAGAACAACAGACAGACAAAUAUACCCAUGAAUAAUACAGGCAUAUAUGCACAGGCACAUCUAAAAACAUGAUGCAUAUACCAAUAUAUUGUCAUGAAUAAGGGAAUAUCCACACAUACACUUAUGCAGCACGAAAUUAUUGUGUGGGAGGGUGUGAUUGUUAGUGUUAGAUCCCGAGGAACCCCUGUACAGGAGGUACUGGUCCAGCUCUCCGUUUAAAGGGUCUGAGCCUAGGUCCUAUAGAAUAUUCCUCUGAUAAAUCACCUCGGCUAUUUAAGCUGGUGGCGAGGAGACACCACUAGCUUCUCAUUGCGGUAACACUUUACUAUAAGGGUAUAUUCAUUACAUUAGUUAAUGCAGUAAUAAGCAGGGGUAUAGAGUGGUAAGAGUGGUAAGUAACAUUGUUACUGUGUACUUCUUCUAAAUUACUUGACUGACUCAAUGUGCAUGUUACUGUAGUCAUGGAAACUUGUGGAAACUGCAGCAGAAUACUCAGAGUGAGAAGUGUCUGCCGCAAAGAAAUACGACCAGUAGGGCUAUAAGCAAAUCAUGUUGCUAACUACCUGGUAACAACAACAGAAGCCAAACUGUUGUAUGAGCGGCGUGUCUCCUGUAGCUCAGUGCGUGCGCGCGUGCUGAAGCCACAGGCAGAGAGAGAGCGCGGAACAUGGCUAGACGCACAACUUUUUUUAUAGAAUCAGACCAACGUUGCCUAUGUUAGGAAAUAUAAAGUUAUCCUGAUAAAAAUAUAGUUUGUUUUCUAGUUUGUUUGAUUCGUGACUUUAUUAAUUUUACUGAGCAGAUUUAUUAUUUAUACAGCAACAAAUUUGUAUCUACCAGUCUUACAGUGAAACACAUAUUACUUCUUGGAUCAAUAUUUGUCUAAUGCAGUGCGCUGCUGCCUCGUUAAUCAGGAUUUGCUCUAUUAGAUUUUGUAAAACUCCAGCUAACAAGUAUGUUGGGUUCCGACCGGCCCUUGACAGAAACCUGACAUGUGACGAGCAACCACUUCCUCCUUUGACAGGCUGUCAUAUUGGGAUGACAGAUCCUUGGGGAUGAGUAUUUUUUUAACUACUCCACAAAUGGCGCUGGGUCCUCACACACCAUCCUCAUCAAGUCACCCACAUAAUCUGUAAGAUAUUUCAUUCAAACUAAUUUAUUUGUGUUUUCCUGAAUCCACCUUUGCUGUUUACUUAAAGUGUUCAGAAUUAUUUAAUUAUCAUUUGAAUUUGUCAUCAUGUUGUUUGUAAUAAUAAAAUUCCAUUUUACAACUUAA